AAAUUUUGUUUUCGCCAAAAAUUAAAAACCUAUUUGGAAAUAAUAAUGUAAAUUUUAAACGCAAACGUUUAUCGACGACAAAAUUGUAUCAGCAUUCGGCAAUCGUGCGAGAGCCGAGUCAGAUUUAACCCGCCAAACAUUGUCGGGCCGCGCACGAUGAAGUUCAUCAUCAGCACGUCUCGGUGCUAUGCUGCCACCAAUUGCAGAUUAUUGAAUUUUGAAAACAGAACGUACAAAAACAGUCGAUUUUUCAGGAAUUCAGUAGUUUUGCAGUUACCAAGCAAGGAACCACUGAAAACAGAUACAAAACCUCCGGCUGUUCCACCCUAUAUAAGUGGAAGUAGUGUGGAUAAUGCUAACCAAUCUUUACAAUCUACUGAAAAGAAUGCUUCUUUAAAUAACACUGUUGUUAAGCAUGAUAAUAAUUUAGACAAUAAACAAAAUAUGAACGAGUCAAAGAUCUUAGAUGAUAAUAACUUCACAAUGCGACUUGUUAAAAAGAUUGAAAAAUGGUCGCCAUCUACUGCAAAAUAUGCAAGACUGAGUGUUUUUGGGUGUAAAUAUCUAUACAAAGAUGUUCUAGUGUUACUGUCAGCUUAUAAAAAAUAUUAUAGUUCUGAUUUGUCAUCCUUAACUUAUGCUGAGUUGGAGUUGAAGUAUAGGUUGCCAUUACAACUUGUUCGUUUGACACCAAUCCUAAUUUUUUGGCCUGUACCAUUUACUAAUUUGUUUUUGUUUCCAUUAGCGUUCAUGUUUCCUAAGUAUUUGUUAUCUGAACAUUUUUGGACAGAUGAACAACUUAAAGAGUAUUGGAUAAAAGAUCAACAAAACAAUUUUGAACAUAAUAUGAGAGUUUUUGAGCAUUUGAGUUUAAUGGCUGAAGAAUGUUCAGAUGAUAUGCUUUUAAAAUGGUUUCGUGUGAUUGAAUGUCUGGGAGCAGGAGGUGUAUCCCCAGUAGAUGACAUUAUUCAAGCCAUCCCAGUUUUUACUAUGUUCCCGUAUCAUUUUAGUACUUUACCUCGUCAACAUAUUAAAGUACUAUUGAAAAUGUAUAACAUACACCGUGGAUGGAGAAGAAGAGUGAGGUUAAAGAAAUUAGCACAGUACAUACAAUUAAUGGACAGGGCAAUAGAAUCCGAAGGUGGACCAGAUAAAUUAAAUGAUAGACAAUUAAAAUGGGCGUGCUUAUUUAGAGGGUUAAGCCCUUUUUCAUCAUCUAGGGAAACACUUGUCUUAUACUUAAAAGACUGGAUAAAAAUCUCCUCAAAGAUUGAUAACGAUUCACUCAGCUGUAUACUCCAUUGCCAGGUUUUAUUGGCGUUAAAUCGACCAGAAAAUAACAUACUAAAGAAUACAGAAUAAUAAAUGGUGCUUAUUUAAAAAGGAAAAUAUAUAACCAUUUAAAACGUAGACAGAAUAAGCAUUGUAAUUACAAUAAUAAUAAAAUCUAGUCUGUACUUUUGUUUUGUAGUACUUAUGUUAAUCAAUGUUUUGUAAAAAAAAAUUAAUAUCCAGUGGUGUUAAUAUUAUUCUGUCUUGGUGAUAUUUUAUUUUGUUACAUUGUAAUUUUGUUAAUAGAGUUUUUUUUUCAAUUUGUUAUAAAUCCGUUUAAUAUAUUUAAAAUUGGAACUGAGAGUUUAGAAAGAAACAUUAAUGAAAUGUAUAAUAGUGCAUUGAGUAGAUGAAAUGGGUAAUGAAAUUGAGAGAAAUAAUGUUUUAAAUAUCCAAAUUAUGGUUGAUGGUAUUUGAAAGCGCAGGAUCAACAUUUUCAUAUUGAUAUUAAACAAUUGAAUGAAUAAUCUCAGACUUUUAUUUAAGUAUAACUUUUUUGAAGUACUAUUUUGAUAUAUUUUGUUAUAGUACUUAUUUAAACUUUUCAAUUUUUGAUAAAAUAUUGCAAUACUUAGUUAAAACUUUGAAUAAUAUUAUUUUUCUAUUUCUAUUUCUAUUCUAUUUAAGUUUAAAAAAAUUUACAAUAUAAUUUCUAUCAAAAUAUGAAAUUUAAGCUUUUAUAAAUUAUUGUUAAUUGGUAUUAUAUAGUUUUUAAAUUUUUAAAUUGCUAUCAAAAAAAACCUAUACAUUUUUAAGGCUUUUGACUUUUAUGAACAGUUUAAGAAAAAUAAAAAAUAAAAAAUGUUGAAAAUUAAAA